UGGAAGUAUAGAGGCAGUUUGAUGAAUUCUUCUUCUCUCCAUCCAUCGAUUAACCAACUCCACAUACCCCACGACAUCGUCAACUCAUUACAGCAUCAUCGCCACAAAGCUUGUCCCACACUAUCUGGACCAGAUUACCGAAAUGACAAACAGGGACCGUUCAAUGGGUACAGUACCCCACCGCCUCUUUGUUUCGAGGUAUUUCAGCUACAGUUCAGUUCGACAAACUGCAUUUUCCUUUCUCGCGUCGAUCUGGGACCAAAACCGGUUGACCUCUUACGGUAGCUUGUUUCAUCCAUCAUAUCAUCUACCCUUUUACAGGAACGGUUUAUCACGAUGUAUCUCGCUGAAAGUUGUGAUGAGGAUCCUGAGGUCCUCGCGUCCCUUGAACCCGACCCCACCAAGAGGUACCGCCCAUCCCACUUUCUACUAAAGGUAUCGAGGGAAUGUGAGAAUGGGAUUUGCAUUUUCCAUCCUUCCCAAGACGUAACCAAGUAGUCUGCUCAAGGAUCACCAGCCAAGAAGUAGUGGCUGGCAUCCCAGGGCUCCCCACCACCACUUCAGGCCGCUGAGCUGUCAUGAAAACAGCACCCUACAUUGACUUUCUCUGGCGCGUUACCCGACGUUUAUAAUCCAGCUUUUCAUGGAGGGAACAUACGCACAACCACUCCGAGUUAUACGACAUCGUACCUUUACGCUGCUACGGCGUCUCGAUGACAUCGCCAUGCCCCCGCAUGAGAAUUUCAACCAUAUGAAUGUUCGUAAAUCGCAGAAGGUGGUCGCAGUUGGGAUAUUCCCUCCUCAACCACCCAAGACCUCGGAACGAACCACACGUAGGUUCGGCCCUUCCCGCCACCGUUUGGUCAGAGUCCGGUCACGGUCCGACGGCCGGCCCACUGCGGCGCCGCACACCGGUACCCAAAGGCAUGGCGGUCCAAAGGCUGGCAGACGCAUCCUUCGGCCAUUUUGCAACGUGGGCAGUCCCAUGGGACCCCUUGAACUGCAACCUCAUGUAACGAUGCAGGUCAUGGCCACCACGAGGCGCCUGAUUCUGGAAAUCGUGUAUUCUUUUCAAAUCCUUGUCGCUUGGCCUUCUUCUGUCGCUCAUCUUUGCGAAACACUGGGCAUCGCCGACGAUGAAGCGCUCAACGUGCUUGUCCAGCGUGCCAGGCGUGCCCGUUGCGGGACUGUCCACCCUAUCCGUAACACCCUUUCGAGGACCCCCAAGUCAUCACCGGCCAAGACCGAGCCCGUUGAGCGUCUUGUAGCAGCCAUUGUUUGACCUGCAAGGGCG